ACUAACAUUCUUGCGGCAUUGAUGAAUGAUGAUUGCUUAGCAACGAUGAGUUUCUAAACGAUUAGUUUGAGAGAGAUUUGUUUCGUGGGUAACCAGUGCCUUUUUUUUUGUUUUGUCUUCGUUUUGGUCUCUCUAUUACAACCCCUUAUGGCGGCGUGACAAUGUUGAACGCCAAGAUUGCCGCAAGAGCGCCACCGGCGAUGGCUUGGACAAAAUCCUGUAUCAUCUUGGGCUUCCGGAUCUAGUCGGAUUCAGCAAGCAUAUCAGAUCGAUGUUAACAUGAGUUUUGGACGAUGAUCUAGCAACGGCAAACAAUGCGGUGGUGGCUUCCUCGGGUUGCAGUAUACUCCACACCAGCGGCAAGUAAUAUUAGUGAAUAAUACGGAGUACUUACCUUCAGUAAUUUGCUAUCCAGGUCCCGAGAUGGAUGCGAAGAACUUUGCUAAGUUGAAGAGGCAGUUGGCCAAGGAGCCCAAGAAGAAGCUGAAGGAGGGGGGGCCCUCCCAACAGAGGCCCGUAGACGACUUUUUUCCGAAGGGGGAAACUGAGAAAGACCAGGGGGCCGAGGGACCCUGCAAAGAUGUUGCCGAGGGUGCUGGUACCCUUCGAACUGAGGCGGCUAAGAGGAGGGCGCCGGGUAAAAGUAAUGCAGCUCCCGGCAAAAAGCCCAAGAAGGUCGCCGGCGCUAAGGACGCUCCCCUGGUCAUCUCGGAGGGCCACUCUUCUUCGGGGACCCCUCUGGUGGCGGCGACUGUCCCUGCGCCUUUCCCGGAUCAGAUGGAAGAUGGGCCCUGGCCCCGGGAGAGCAUCCAAUUCUCCAUCAAGAAAGGGACUGCCAUCACGCAUGGCACCCUGGAUCCGAUGGAGUUCCUAAAUGGGGCUACUCCUUCACUGGAUAGGUCGACCCUCGGCCGGCAUGACGACGCUGCCCUGGACGCCAAGCUUCUCCAGGCCUCGUUGACUGCCAGUGUGGCCCUUGGAGAACACAUCCGAAGGGUGGGGCAGUUGCGCCUUCAGAAGGCGGAGUCCGACGAGGCUUUGAGGAAGCUCGUUGUGACUAAUACUGAGGCCAUCCGGAAGAUGGCAACGCUGGAGGAGACCCUCCGGAAGACGGAGCUGAGGUUGGAGGAUGCCCGGAGGGAGGGCAAGGCCGAGGGCAAGGCGGAGGCCGAGACGCUUGCUGCUGCCGCCGCAAAAACCGCUGCCGACGAGGCCGAGGAAGCGAAGAGGGUGGCCAUCUCUCAGGCCGAGAAAAAUGCUGUUGCUGCCUUUGUUGCCGGAGGCUGGAAAGAUGAGGAUCGGAGGCAGUGGGUGGCCUCGGUGAUCGAGGAAAGCGUCGACGACUGGGUUGGUGGCCCCGGGGCGAUGUGGCUAGCCCGGAAGGGCAAGGAGUACUAUGAUGGGGGCGAGUUUUUUACCCAAUGGCUCGUCUACCGGAGGCUCGCUAGGCAUUCCGGCGUUGAUCCUCAGGACUUCAAACCCGAAGCUUACGGUCUUCCCCCCCUCCAGCCAGAUACUAGGGUUCCCCCCCCCCCCCCCCGGGUGUCGAGAGACCGGAUCUCGAAGACUCCGAGCUGAUGAAAGAGGCCGAUGAUGAUGAAGAGGAGGAGGCUACCUCGAAAGCCGCCGGGGAGGAUGUCGCUUCAAAGUUGAAAGAGGGUGGAGCCGAAAACGUCCAAUCUUAAAAUUUCUCUAAGUACCAUUUUGUAAUAGCUUGUAAUUUCCGGCCCCGGCCGUGUAUGUAAACGAACACCAGUUUUGCACCUUGAAUAUCUAUUGUGGAUUAAUGAUUGCCUUCGGGCUUUUCUGAAUCAAUGCCUCAUUUCUUUGAUUUUUG